GGGGUGCCCAGCGCUGACCCCCGGGGUGUGGGGCUGCUGACCCACCCCGGUGCCCCCAGCCCUGCUGCCAGCCCCCCCCUGGGGCUCCGCUUGGCCCCGUGCUGGGGCAGCUGCAGUGUCCUUGUGGUCCCCGUCCCCAUCCCUGUCCCCACGGCGUCCCCGUGCACCUGCCUCCGGGGACCCUGCGCGGAAACCCAGAAGCCUGGAGCGCGAGGAGGGGGCGGCACGCGAGGGGGCUUCCCCAGGACACGCUCCUGACACGGCCCCGGCCUUGCACACCCAGCCCCAAGCACCCCCUGCACACGCAGCCCCCCCCGCGCCCCAUUUUCUCCCUGGGCACAGGAUUUGCCCCAAACCCCAUCCCCAUACGGCAGCGGUUGUGGGGCUGGCGGGGUGGCACGGUGGUUUUUUUGGGGUGUUGGGGUGCUUGUGAGGGGCCUGGCUCGGUGUCGGCACCGCUGCAAGCCCGGCGUGCACGGGGGGGGCACAGGUGUGUGCGUGUGCCUCCAGCUGCGUGCACGUGGGGCUGCACGGGGGGGGCCCCGUGUGCGUACCCGGGGGGGGGCCGUGCACCGCGGCACACCCUGGCACUGCCACCGCUCUGCCCACGCUCAUUGACACAAACCCGGGGCUUGUUCUCCCCUCUCCCCGCCUGGGCUGGUUGUAAUAAGGCUCUGGCUCCGCUCCAGGUAUUGGGGUUGCCGUAGAAACAGGAAAACUGCAGCGAUUUUGGGGCCCGGCUCCGCCGGCUCCCAUCGGAGGGUCCGGAGCAGGCAGCGACUCCCCGCAGCCCCCCGUGCUGGUGGGGGCACAAUGCCUGCACCCCGAGGCCCCGUGUGCACACCUGGCCUUGCACACUCAGCCUUGCACACUUGGCCUUGCACACUCAGCUUUGCACACUCGUCCGUGCACACUCAGCCCCCCCCAGGUGCCCGCGUGCGCUCCUGGCCGCGGGCAGGUGGCCGGCCCCAAUCCCCUGGAGUUUCUAUAGAAACCACGAGGCGGUGGCUGGAAAUGCCAUUUUCACCGAAUUCACCCAAAAUACGCUCGUGCCUGUGCGUGUGUGCGUGUGCACGUGUGUGUGUGUGUGUGCACAGCCCGGGGAGCUGCAGGCAGGACCCGCUCGGGGACCAGGAGAUGCGAACCCGCAUCCAAGGGAGCUGGGUGGGGGCUGCGUGGGGCUGUGCGUGGGGGCUGCUCCUGCCCCCCAGGGCUGUGGGGUGUGGGGUUGGGGCAGCCCCAGCACCCCCAGGCUGGAUUUGUCCCUCGGAGGCUGAAGGGGGUCCUGCGGGUCCUGGCCUGGCACCAAGCGGCUGUUUUGGGGAUUUCCCUGCAGGGAGGAUCCCGCCGCGGCGCUGCUCCAAGAUGCACAGGACCACCAGGAUAAAGAUCACCGAGCUCAACCCCCACCUGAUGUGCGCCCUGUGCGGCGGAUACUUCAUCGACGCCACCACCAUCGUGGAGUGCCUGCACUCCUUCUGCAAAACCUGCAUCGUGCGCUACCUGGAGACCAACAAGUACUGCCCCAUGUGUGACGUGCAGGUGCACAAAACCCGGCCCCUCCUCAGCAUCAGGUCAGACAAAACCCUCCAGGAUAUCGUGUACAAGCUGGUCCCGGGGCUUUUCAAAGACGAGAUGAAGAGGCGGCGUGACUUCUACGCGGCCUACCCCAUGGCCGAGGUUCCCAACGGCUCCAACGAGGAUCGCGGGGAGGUCUCCGAGCAGGACAAGGGGAACCUGGCGGACGACGAGAUCGUCAGCCUGUCCAUAGAGUUUUACGAAGGGACGAGGGAGGAGAAGAAAGGGAGCAUCGAGAACGGGGACCUGGAGAAGGACAAGAACGGGGUGCGGUUCCUGCGCUGUCCCGCCGCGAUGACGGUCAUGCACCUGGCCAAGUUCCUGCGCAACAAGAUGGACGUUCCCAGCAAGUACAAGGUGGAAGUCCUCUACGAAGACGAGCCCCUGCGGGAGUAUUACACCCUGAUGGACAUCGCCUACAUCUACCCCUGGAGGAGGAACGGGCCCCUGCCGCUGAAAUACCGCGUCCAGCCCGCCUGCAAGCGGCUCAAGCUGUCCCAGCCGGCCACCUCCGAGUGCACCAACACCAGCGGCGCCUCCGAGUGCGAGUCGGUCAGCGACAAAGCCCACAGCCCCGCCACGCUGCCCGCCACCUCGUCCUCGCUGCCCAGCCCCGGGACGCCGUCCCACGGCUCCCCCAGCUCCACCGCCGGCAGCGGCCCCGGCCCCGCGCUCAACGGCUCCUCCUCGAACUGCCACCCGCUGCCCCCCGCCGCCAGCCGGUGCCGCAAAACGACUGUCAAUGGCAGCACGGCCUCCGCCUUGACCUAAAAAGGGGAAAAAAAAAAAAAAAAACACACCAGAAACCAACAAAAACCAACAAACCAGGGACGCCUGGCUGGGUUUUAUAUAUCUAUAUAUAUUAUAUAUAUACAUAUAUAAAUAUCUAUGUGUACAUAGGGAGAAAAAGAAUUAUACAUACUUAUUUUCUAUUGAUUGACCAGAUUAAUUUAAAAUGCAAAUAAGACACAUAAAUGUGGUUGAAUAUUUUUAAAUGCUUUUUUUUUUUUUUUUGCUUUUUUUAAUUUUAACUUAUGGAAGCUGCAUGCCGGAGCUGGGAGCCACGCAGGCGCCGCCGCCUGCCCUGCUCAUUCUCUCUAACGCUUUUCCCUUCUCCUCCCCACCCCUCUCCCCUCGUGCCCGCUCGGAGAGAGACGGGGCGGCGAGCAGGGCCUGCAGGACGCACAGGUAAGGGCUAAGCACAGGUAAGGGCCAAGCACAGAAGCCAAAAACUGCCCCCGGCUGCCUCGGCUCCGCUGGGCUCUGGCAGCGCAGGGGGAGCUGCUCCGUGUCCGCGUGCCCCCAGCCCCGCUGUGCCCUGAGAUUUUUUUUUUUUGCUUUUCCGUGGGUUUUCUUUUUGCACCAGGCUCAGUAACGUGGUGCCCGAGCGUCCCUUGCCGGUGUUGCCCACCCUGCUUUGCCUUGCCAUGCACGUUUCUGUUUCUUUUGU